AGUGCCAUCUUGUAAAGAUCAUGGCAGCAGUAGCGACAAGGAAUUGUGAAAGUGUUGGCUGUGGACAGCCAGCAAAGCUGCAAUGUCCUACUUGUAUUAAACUUGGAAUUCAUGGAAGCUUCUUCUGUUCUCAGGAUUGCUUCAAGCAAAACUGGAAUGAACACAAGAAAGUGCACAAGACAGCUAAAGCUGCAGCUACGAUAAAGGAUAUGAAGCCCGUGAACUACAAUCCCUGGCCUGGGUAUAAAUUCACAGGAGUAUUGAGACCUUGGCCAAAGUCUCCUAGGAGAGAGGUACCAGACCACAUCCAGAAACCAGACUAUGCAGAAACUGGUGUCCCUCUGUCAGAAAUCAAAUCCAAGCAAAGCAUGCAGAUUAAAGUUCUUAAUGAGGAGGAGAUUGAGAAAAUGCGUGUUGCAUGCAGAUUGGCAAGGGAAGUAAUGGAUACUGCUGCAAGAAAUGUCAAAGUUGGCAUCACCACUGAUGAACUGGACAGGAUUGUUCACGAGGCUUGUCUAGAGAGAAACUGUUAUCCAUCUCCACUUAACUAUCAUGGAUUUCCAAAGUCAUGUUGCACAUCUGUCAAUGAAGUAAUUUGUCAUGGUAUUCCUGACUUGAGACCCUUGGAGAACGGCGAUCUGUUGAACAUUGACAUCACUAUAUAUUACAAUGGGUUUCAUGGAGAUCUGAACGAGACAUACUUUGUUGGUGAAGUGGAUGAAGAAAGCAAACAGCUGGUCAAGGUGACUUAUGAGUGCAUCAACCAGGCCAUAGCAGCAGUUAAGCCUGGUGUUAAAUACAGAGAGAUUGGUAACAUAAUUCAAAAGCAUGCCCAAGCACAUGGCUUCUCUGUGGUGAAGAGUUACUGUGGCCAUGGAAUUCAUGAGUUGUUCCAUACUGCACCAAGUGUUCCUCAUUAUUCAAAAAAUAAAGCCGUUGGUGUUAUGAAGCCAGGACACACAUUUACCAUAGAACCAAUGAUUUCACAAGGAACUUGGCGAGAUGAGAUUUGGCCUGAUAACUGGACGGCAGUUACACAGGAUGGUAAGAGAUCGGCUCAGUUUGAACAGACCUUGCUAGUGACGGACAUUGGAUGUGACAUCCUGACUCUAAGACCUGACGACAACGGACGAGCUCACUUCCUGUCUCAAAUGUAAACUGCCCCAGCUACUCGUCAAGUUGCCUUAUAAGGAGAUUACAAACAAUGUGUGAAUGAAGCAACUGUAAAUGUCACGCUAGUAUUGAAGUAGGUACUGGUCAUCUGCCAAACAUUUCCAUUGACUAAAGAAGGACGCUCCACCCAGUAACGUUCGGAUCAAAAGAAAUCCAUCUAGUGCGUAAAUCUCCUAGAUUAUGACAUUUUUUUCUGUGGAGUUCUGAUUUGUUUCAACUAUUAGUCUGAAAAAAAUAGGCUCGUUUCGUGUCUUAGUGAUGUCAUGACAAUAGUUUGAACGCCAUAGAGAAGAGUAAAAGCUAUAGAAGAUCGUGGUAAAAGUAAUUCAUGGAGAUAUUUGGUGUUAGUAGCUGUGGAAAUAGAGUGCCGUCAGACACCGCAAGCAGGAUCUCUUAGAAUCUUCAUACUCGCCACUUAGUUAUUUUUUAAAAAGACUAGUUAUGGAAACGUUAAAAUAAGCCAAGAAUUAAUCGCAUCUGAGGAUAAACGCCGGGAUAAUUUGAACUAUCAAAUUAUGCCUUAAGUGAUGCACUAAAAUCAAAAAGCUGGACACCAGCAAGUCAAGACUUGUACAACUGUUUACAGUGAUUUGUUGGUAUGAGGAAGGUUUGCUGUUCAUACGAUCGUAAACUGUAUGCUCUUUAUAGUGGACAUGGUAUUGACUCUUCGCGAGAUUUUGAUAUCAUUUUUAUUUUCGGGCAAAACGAGGAGAAAUGAGCCAUUUUCGAUAUAUUAAAAUUGUAACGCGGCUCUGAGACUUAAAGAAGGGAAUAAAGAAGAAAUCGCAUUUAGGAUAAGGAAUGAAUAAUUAAUUGGUUUUGUUUUAUUCCCCAAAGCCUCGGAGCCAAGUUAGAAUUUUUAACAAAGUUGUAAGCCGUACUCAGCGUUAAUAAAAGUCAAUAUUUCAACAGUUCCA